ACUAAUAUUACAAAAUCUCUAUUUUGGUUUGAGGUUUUUGUUGGCCCAAAAGCCCACCAAGCCAAACCCUAGGUUUUCCCAAACCUAUAAAGCUACUAUUUUCCCUCUUUUCCUUUUUCUUCCUCCCUAUUUUUUUUCUGGCCGCCGCCGCUAGUCUUCUUCCCCUUCUCUUCUUCUUCCUCACCCCGUCUCGAUCUCCCCCAUGGCCGGCUCUUUCCUCGAGCUGCUCUCGCGCGCGCCCUCCUCUCCCCGGCCUCGCGCGCCUUCCUUCCUCCUCUGCGCCGGUGCCGCCCUCCACCGCGCGUGCCCGCGCCUCUACCUCCGCCGCAAUCUCGCCGGUCCGAGCUCCUCCGGCCUCCUCUGUCUCCACUUCCUGCCCGUGCUCGCUCCGGUGCCGCCGCCGUCGACCUGGCCGCGCCGCCUAGCUCCUGGCCGUGCCGCCCCCUGCCGUGCGCCGCCCCUCGCCGAUCCGCCCGAGCUGCCCCUCGCCCUCGCUCCCCGCGCCUCCCCUUUCCCCGAGCUGCUCUCUCUCCCUAGCCACCCUCCUCCCUGCUCUUCGUGCUGCUGUUCCACGCUGCCAGCGCCUACCGGAGCUGCCCCCGAGCGCCUCCCUCGCGAGACCCGCGAGCUCUUCCGCCGGGCUACGUCGACCUCACCUUCUCCUUGCUCCAGCUCCACUGUCUUGCGGUCUAGCAAGCCCAAGCUAGUCUUCGGUUCCUACAACGACGACUACGCUUGUGUUCUUCUUCCAGGAUUCUUGCUCAAUUCCGGGCAAUUGAGUACUCCAGAGGUUCCAGCAGAGCAGGUGAGCCGUUAGCUUCUUCGUGGAGCACGACGU